AUGGGUCAAACUCUUUCCGAACCCGUAGUUGAAAAACAUACAGAUUCAGGCGAAGAUGAUCGGUUAGCGUAUGGGGUCUCUGAAAUGCAAGGAUGGAGAUUGACAAUGGAAGACGCUCAUGCUACCAUUCUCAACUUGAACAUGGCUCCUCCUGUCGCUGCCGAUAACGCUGGUGAUCAAUCGCAACUUGAAGAAAGGCACAGCUUCUUUGCUGUAUAUGAUGGUCAUGGCGGAUCUUCCGUGGCAAGGUUCUCGGGUGACACGGUACACUAUAGAUUAAGAUCCACAGAGGAAUACCAGAGGCGGGAUUUUCCGGCUGCACUCAAACGAGCAUUUCUUGCGACUGACGAAGAUCUUCGUAGUAAUCCCGAAUUUAACAAUGAUCCUUCGGGUUGCACUGCUGUUGCUGCUUUGAUCACGCAUGAUGGCCGGAUAUUGGUGGCCAACGCGGGUGACUCUAGAUCAGUUCUGAGCGUCAAUGGGGUGGUUAAGCCCAUGUCAUAUGAUCACAAGCCUUCGAGUCGUACAGAAAACAGUCGUAUCGUCGCUGCUGGUGGCUUUGUAGAGUUUGGACGCGUCAAUGGUAAUCUGGCUCUCUCAAGGGCGCUGGGAGAUUUUGAGUUCAAGCAAAAUAAAUCUCUGGGACCCGAAGACCAGGUGGUAACAGCCGACCCGGAUAUCAUCACCCACCAGAUCGGUCCUGAGGACGAGUUUUUGAUCCUUGCAUGCGAUGGUAUCUGGGAUGUUUAUUCCAAUCAGCAGGUGGUCGAUCGCGUCCGUCGCUUAAUUGGGGAACGCAAAUCAUUGGAAGAAAUCUGCGAGAGCAUGAUCGAUCGCUCAAUCGCUCCGGAUUGCGAGUGGGGUGGAGUAGGAUGCGACAAUAUGACGUUCAUGAUCGUUGCUAUACUCGGCGAUAAGACGAAGGGCGAAUGGUAUGACAUGAUCUGUAAUCGACUACAGAACGGCGAAGGUCAUCAGACACCUACCACAUUCCCUGACCCAUUCGCUCAGGGCUCCAGAGGGUUUCCUUUAAAUAGCGCGCUAUCAAAUUAUAAUGAGAUCGCCAGUCCACCUAGUUAUCAAACCUCUGGAGAUGAGUCGAACGAAGACCCCGAAUCAAACGAAGUGACACAAUCGGCUCCAAACUCGGAUACUCCCGACCAAGAACCUCCACCUGCGAACCCUAAUUCAUCUAUCCCAGACACACCGCCCCCAUCUUCAUCAACCGAACCGUCACCAUCAUCCCCACCUACUUCUCACCCAAUCUCAUCAACUACUGAUACCGAACCUAGCUCCGAGAUUGAUCACGCAUAG